UCUUCAGUCGCAUUGCCCCACUCAAAGCGUCGAGAUGAAAUCGUUUGUGUUGUGCUCCCUGAUCGCCCUCUUGCUGAUCGAUGUGGCGGUGGUCCAGGUGCGGGCCGACUGCGACGAGACCAAGGGCCCGGACGAAAGCGACUUCAAGCACUUCUUCAAGAGCCUCAGCUGCAAGGUGAAGCAAGGAGCCGAGGAUGUGGCCGAGGUGGCCAAGCCAUACACUGACAAGAUCGGCGAGGGCGCCAAGGACUUUGGCAGCUCCGUGGCCCAAAAGUACGACGAGCUGAAGCACCGUCUCAGCGACGACACCUCCUCCCCGAAGCCCCCGUCGGCGGUGCCCUUCGAUGCGCCCACCGAGAAGGUUCCCCUGGCACCCAUUGCCCCAUCUCAUCCGCCAGCUCUGUAGACAUCCCCGACAUCCAUCUCCAACAGCUGAAACAGGAAACAGCGUCCUGCAGCUUUCAUUUCUUUGUACGAAAAUAAAUGAAUGUUUAUUGAAGUGAU